AUGAAAGUAAAUCCAUUUCAAACAAGCGAAGAACUCACAAACAUACUUAACCAACCUUGGUCCACCAUCCCUGAAUAUUUACAACAGAUUGAUAAAAUGGUGGCCACUGAACCAGGCACUGGAAAUACAACCACUGAAGCACCUGACGCUGGAACAACAUUUGGGAAACUAAAGCAAACUCUAUCGUCUUCGCUGCUUACGGCCCAGGAUAAAGUUGUAAAAAUGUCUCCCCGGCCAUCGUUGAUACCAAUCGACGUAGACCCUACACCAAGCCAAGAAGAAAAACCUUCAGCUGCACCUCCCCAGGCUACGCCACCAGCACCAAAGGUGGAACCGGGAAAGCCACCAAGUCGUGCUGGUGCAUGUCGAGUAUGCUUGAAGGCUUUUAAACCUGACGAUUUUAGCAGAACAUGCGCUGAGUGCACACAAAGAGUCUGCGAAGACUGUGCUAGUUAUAGUAAAUUGGCAGAAGAUGAGGAUCCUGAUACAUGGACUUGCAGCGUAUGUAGAAGGAAACUUCAGUCAAGAGCUGCUUUGGCUCAAGAUUCUUCAGAGAGUUUGUUAGAAAUUCCCAUUCUAGAACUGCAAAGACGUCACUCGGAAGCCCGUCUCGGUUCUGGAUCUGGUGGACUCGGCACUGGGGGUUUGGGAAGUGGCUUGGCACCCCCUAGAAGCCCCGAACUGCGACGUCACUCCGAUGUGUCGCCUGCUUCACUUAAAGAGUUAGAAAAGUUAAAAGGCGGUGGAGCAAAAACACCCGACCCAGACUGGACUAGAGGCAGAGGUGGUCGAAGUACAGCAAGCAGUCGACAAAAUAGUCCACCACGAGAAUCGGCACCAGUUGUAACGGCUCCACGAUCAAGACGAGCUUCUAGAGUGGCCAGACAGCAUAGUUACGACGAUGAAGUAAAGAGUGCUCUUACUCCUAACACCAGCGAAACCGGUCUUGGCCUUCCCGCACCAAUUCCAAGACGGGCUUCGGCUUAUGACGUAUUUUCAGUGCCAGGUCUUAGUACAGUAACAACACAAUCAUCUACGGGAAGAAGGCCUUCAUUCAGGGCGCCUGCUCCUGAAACAUCAAGCCCACCCAGCCCCGAAGCAGCGCCGACAACUUCACUCAUAGCACCCGAGGAAGAUCGAAGGACAAGGCGUAGAGGAUCUCAACUACCUGAUAUUGCCGGACUAAGGAUACCUGUUCCACGGCCUACGCCUGCUUUAGAAGACUUAGAAGCUACUCCAAGACGUCAAGCUUCAGUUGAUGCGGAAGCUAUCAGAAUCGUUAUCCAUGAUGUUGAUUCUGGUUCUGCAGCUGCUGCUCAAAGAAGAGUUGUUCUACGCAGAGAUCCAAGUGAUAAAGCUCAUAGAACUCGCGGCUUUGGCAUGCGUGUGGUAGGAGGUAAAACAGGGGCGGACGGUAGAUUAUUUGCCUACAUCGUGUGGACGGUACCAGGGGGACCGGCAGAAAAAGGAGGCCUGCAGCAGGGCGAUAAAGUUCUUGAAUGGGGCGGUGUGUCUUUAAUCGACCGCUCUUUUGAGGAGGUAUGUGCCAUUAUGGAUCGCACCGGAGAUAUGGUCGAACUAUUGGUUGAACAUGCAACUGAUUUAAGGAUGUGCGAUCUCCUUGACGAUCCCAUACCGCCCCCAAGUAUUUGUCGAAAACCCUCAGACGCCGGUAUAACAGCAUUACACGUUGAACCAGAGACCGACAAAGCACCUUCAUCGCCUACCAGAAGGAAACUACCUAAGACCCCGGAGCAACUUGCUAGGGAGAGGACUGUCUCAGGGCGAAUACAAAUUCAAGUCUGGUAUCACGAUGAAAGAAAGGAGCUAGUGGUGGCUGUGUUGGCCGGUGACGACUUAGCACCGAGAGACGAAAGCCUUGGAUUCGGUUCUCUACCGGAAGCUUAUGCCAGAUUAUGUCUGUUGCCUUUGACGACGGAGGAACAUUGUGUACAAACAGAAGUGGCGCCAGCAAGUCAAAACCCGAUUUGGAAUGCAAACUUAAGUUUCCCAGGUGUACCUGGAGACGAAUUAAUGGAAAGAAUACUAGAAAUAACUCUUUGGGACUUAAUACCACACAACGAACAUGCUUUCCUUGGUGAAUGCUCAGUAGAUCUACAAAAAGCCUUUCUAGACGACAGAGCUGUUUGGUGCAGGCUGGAAGAUCCUCGACAACUUAGAGGCAAAUCACCACACACCUCACCUCGUGGUUCCAUUUCCGGAAAAAGAAACGAAUUUGGAAAUCAGAGAAGCGUAUCUGAUGACGUAGACUCAAUUGGGGAGUGCGCCAGUUUAUUACAUCCAGAUCACGCCUGGGGAUCGCGAAGAGGCUCAUCUCAAUCGGAACAACUGGAAGUAGAAGUUUAUCAAUUGGGAAAAGAUUUUUCUAGGUCUCUUCCAGGAUCGAGAAGGUCGUCAUUCCAGUCUGCACAAGAACAAGCGGAACAAGAGGCUACCCCACCUCCCCCAUCAUAUAGUCGAGACAGAAGACGUAGCAGCUGUACCCGCAUGCUCAGAGAUCCGGAAGAAAUACUUAAAUCUCUUAAAGCAGUCAAAGGAGAGUUGGGUAGAACAAUGAGUCUAACUGGAGAUAAAAGGCACAGAAGGUCGACUAGUGGUGUAUCAGGAAGAGAAGGCAGAAAGGACAGUGUAAUGGAAAUAACCGAAAUCGCCAAAGAAAAUAGCCCACCUUCGAGUCCGGAAAGAACAUCACCGCCUCGACUUGGCCCAGGACAAAUUAAGCCACGUGGAUAUAGACUAUCGAGUACCAAACCGGUAGAAAUAAAACUAGGACUGCUAAUGACAAAGGGGCAAUUAGAAGUGGAAGUGGUAUGUGCACGUCACAUUGCCAUAAGGGAGACACCACCAGACACCUACGUGAAAUGCUAUCUUAGAGAUGGCGAAAGAUGGCUACAAAAGAAGAAGACGAGAGUGGUACGCCACAGCUGUGAGCCCCAAUUCCGUCAAACUUUAAGGUAUCAAGCGUGUGACGUUCUCGGAAGGAGUUUGGUUGUCAUGCUUUGGGAGAGACAAGGUGGUUUUGAACACAAUCAGGGGCUUGGAGGGGCAGAAGUCACUUUGGAUUCUCUUACUCUUACUCAUCUAACCACGGGGUGGUAUCCUUUGUUCCCUAUUCAUUCCUUGGGAUCAGAUUCCAACGACUCGCCCUGACAUGGUAUGAAUCCACCAGAAGAU